CUGGCGCGCGUGUGCUGUGUUUUGGUUUCUUAUUUAUAGAACAUUGUCUGCUCUUUGUGUUCUUUCUUGCUCUUGUUUGUCUGUUGUUUGCUCAAUUGUUCUUUUACUUUAUCUCCACUCUCUUCUCCUCACUUUUCUCUCCAUUUCCAUAUCUUCAUUGUCACCUGAUGUCACGUGACAUUGCACGUGACUACAACCCUCCUCCUCUUGACCUUCUCCCGACACCUCAUCCACCCCACCUCCAUAUACAAUGCUCGCCCUCUCGCGCGCCUCGUCCUCCUUCUCGCGAGCCGGACGCGUCUCGGCGCGCUCUGGCCGCAGCAGCAUACAGCGCCAACGCGUGCUUCUGCACCCGCACCAGCAGCAGUCCCGCCGCGCAAUGGCUUCUGCCUCUGCCUCUGCUGGUGGUCCUUCGUCAUCUUCUUCGUCCCCUGCACUUCUGCAUCCUUCACUCCUCGCUCUGCUCGACGAUCUCGACAAACUCUCUCCUCGUUUCUACCUCUCUCCCGGCGAAAUUGACAUCCUCACUACCCCCGCAGAUUUCUACGCGACCCUCAAAUCCAAGAUCCUGUCCGCGCGCUCGCACGUCUUCCUCGCGACCCUCUACAUCGGCCGCACAGAGCACGACCUCAUCGACACCCUCCGCACCGCUCUGCAAAAAAACCCAGACCUGCAGGUCCAUCUCCUGACCGACGCCCUGCGCGGCACCCGCGAAGCUCCGCACGCGUCCUGUGCUUCGCUCAUGGCUUCGCUCGCCGCUGAUUUUCCCGACCGCGUUCACGUGCGGCUGUUCCACACGCCCAAGCUGCGCGGUCUCGCAAAGGCGGUCACGCCCGUGCGGUUGAACGAGGGAUGGGGGCUGCAGCAUAUGAAGCUGUACGGAUUCGACGACGAGAUUAUUCUCUCGGGAGCGAACUUGUCGGAGGACUACUUCACCAACCGGCAGGAUCGAUAUUACCUCUUCCACUCGGCUGAGGUCACCGCCUACUACCGGCGCAUCUUCGAGGCCGUUUCUGCGCUCAGCUAUAAGCUGGACUCAGACGCAAGCUCGCCUUCUCAGUUUAAACUGUCGUGGUCUACAGACCCGUCGCUCACUUCUGCGCCUGAACCGACCAAACAUCCCAAUACGUUCUGCAAGGCCGCUACAGCUCUAAUCGCCCCCCUCCUGCGCCCACCCGCUUCCUCCACCUCCUCCGCCUCAUCCUCCUCCUGCAUCACAAACAAGCAAGUGAAAACAGUAUUCUACCCAAUCUCCCAAAUGACGCCCCUCCUCCGCCCAAACCACUCCACCGAAGCCCCCGCCGUCGAACGCAUGCUCGACGUGCUCUCCGGACCCGACCAGUUCUCGUGGAUGUUCACCGCGGGCUACUUCAACAUCCACCCGACCUACCGCAGCAAAUUCCUCGACUCGGAUCCGGAGAAAGGCAUCAUCAUCACUGCCGCGCCCGAAGCAAACGGCUUCUACCAAUCCGCGGGCGUGUCAAAGUACCUGCCUCCCGCGUACACGCAGCUCGCGCACGAGUUUGUGAAAGACGUCGCGGCGCGGAAGAAGAGCGAGAAAAUCAAGCUUCUCGAGUGGCAAAACGGCGUGCUCAACCAACCCGGCGGAUGGACUUACCACGCCAAAGGAAUCUGGCUCACUCCACCCGCCGAGACCACGCCGUGCGUGACCGUGAUUGGGUCCUCGAACUUCACGCGGCGAUCGCACACAAUGGACCUGGAGUCCAACGGACUGAUUGUGACUGUCGACGAGGACCUGCGGCAAAAGAUGAAGGACGAGACCGAGAACCUGCAAAAGUUUACAAAGGUUAUGGAGGAGAAGGAUUUUCAGGCUGAGAACCGGAAAGUGGGGUUGGGCGUUAAGCUCUCGCUCGCGGUGCUGGGUCUUGCCUUGUAGGCGGGAAUAAUUACUUGUGUAAAUUACAUUUUGUA